CGUACUAUAAAGUUUUUUUUUAUCAACAAGAGAUGUCAUUAACUUUUCAACAAAUCAUAUUGGAUGCCAAAAAGUUAGUGAUUAGAAUAUCAGAUCAUGAAAAUACAGCAGAUAACUUGAUAAGUAAAAUAGAAUCGGUCUGUAGUCAAAUUGAUAAUAUGAAACAGUAUAAAGAGGAAGUAGAAAUUUUGAACACAAAAGCAAAACAAAAGCCACAUAAACAAAUAGUCACAGGAUUACAAAGAGAGAUUAAACAUUUGCAAGAAAUGCAAGCAGAAAAUAAGGAACUAAAACAAGCAUUGGAAAAUCAUCAACUUGCUCUUGAAUUAAUUAUGUCUAAAUACAGGGAACAAACAGCAUCUUUAUUGCGUCUCUGUAAAACAGAUCUUGCUUCAUUGCAUAAUGCUAAAUAUGCUAAUAUAAUUACGAGUCAAGCGAACACGAUUAAUGAAAUGGUAACAGUAAUGAAAACUGCAGCUGCUUUAGAUGAGGAAUAUGAAUUAAAAGAAAAAAGAAAAAUGGACUGUAGUUUAAAAAAAGAAAAUGAUACAUUACGAGAAAUACUUAGUAUUGCAAAUAAGUAUGGCUCCUUAAACAAGGAUACCGAAGUAGAAGAUAAAACUGUACAAACAGUAUACUUAUAUAUAAUAAAAUGCACAUACAAUCUACGAUUUGUACACAUGACAUAUUUUCAAUGA